AUGGUCGUCUUAUCCAGUCCCUCGCUGGAUCAAAUACCGCUCAUCCGAGCCCCUAAGGCCGCCGCCGCCGCUGGUUCCUUCUCGGUCGUCCCCGCCAUAGACCUCUCGAAGCCAGACGACACGGCGGCCCGGCUCAUCGUCAAGGCGUGCCAAGACUUGGGGCUGUUCAAGGUCACCAACCACGGCGUUUCCUUGGAGCUUAUGCGGAGGCUCGAAGCGGAGGCCGUGAGUUUCUUCUCCUUGCCUCUGUUCGAGAAGCAGAGGUCAUGCCUUCCCCAUUCUUUCGGUGGCUACGGAAACAAAAGCAUCGGUGCUAAUGGAGACGUCGGCUGGCUCGAGUACCUCCUCUUCGCGGUCACUCCGAAGCAAUACCCAUUCAGCUCUACGUUGAGGGAGUACUUAUCCGCCAUCAGGAAGCUGGCUCAGCGGGUGCUGGAGCUAAUGGCAGAAGGGCUAGCGAUCCAGCCGCGAGACGCGUUGAGUAAGUUAGUGAUGGGUGAGCAGAGUGACGGGCUCUUUAGGCUCAACCACUACCCUCCCUGCCCGUUGCAGUUGCUCCAUGAGUUUAAUUCUUGCUUGACUGGCUUCGGCGAGCACACCGAUCCGCAGGUCAUCUCUAUUCUGCGAUCAAACAACACCUCAGGCUUGCAGAUUUCACUCAAGGAAGGAAGCUGGAUUCCGAUCCUCCCCGACGAGGAAUCCUUCUUCAUCAACGUCGGCGAUGCCCUACAGGUUCUGACAAAUGGGAGAUUCCGGAGUGUGAGGCAUAGGGUGGCGGCGGAUGGGAGGGAGUCCAGGGUGUCCAUGAUCUACUUCUUCGGGCCAGCGCUGGGGGAGAGGAUUGCACCAUUGCCACAGGCGAUGAGGAUGGGGGAGCAGAGCCGCUACAGGGAGUUCACAUGGGAGGAGUACAAGAAGGCUGCUUACGGAUCAAGGCUGAGCGACGACAGGCUUGGGCUGUUUGAGAAGUCGACCGGGCAGUGAUCAGAAUCAGAGGUCGCUGUCUCAUAAGUUGCGUGUAUGACACACUGAUGAGGACUGAAAAGAGAUGACCAAAUUUGCUGCUCAUCUACGUGGCUUCACUUCAGUGCCUUGCUGCGUCACGCUGUAUCUUUUAGCUUGGUGUUCUGAGAUGUCUAACCAAAUAUGGUAACCAAACAACUUCUUUUUCUAUGGUCUCUAUAUGCCGGGACCUCUUCUCGCCAGACAACUGUUGGCAUCGACACCACUUUAAU